CCGGUUCCCCCACCUCAUCCACAACAAGGUGAUAUGUAAAUAUGUAAACAUAAACGCCAUCUCCCUCCUCACUCUCACUAUCUCCCAUUAGCUCUAUCCCCUCUCCUAUCGCCAUGCUCCUCACCUCCCCCUUCCUCCAUCCCCCUUCCUCCUCCUCCUCCCUCACUUGCUCUACCUUCCUCCAUGGGCCCCUCCCCCUCCCCGCCAACUUCAAAACCCUAACCCUAGCUCCUUCCCCUCCCCCUUCCUCCCUCCCCGUGGUCCGCGCCAUGAAGAAGCUACAGGGGCGCGUGGUGUGCGCCACCAACGACAAGACCGUGGCCGUGGAGGUGGUGCGCCUCGCCCCCCACCCCAAGUACAAGCGCCGCGUCCGCAAGAAGAAGAAGUACCAGGCCCACGACCCGGAGAACCUGUUCAAGGUCGGCGACUUCGUCCAGCUCGAGAAGUCCCGCCCCAUCAGCAAGACCAAGACCUUCCUCGCCGUCCCCGUCGCCGCCAGGAACGCCCCCAAGCCCGUCGACCCCGUCCCCUCCGCCCUCCUCGACCUUCCCCCCCUCCAAUCCCAGCAGCAGCCCACGGCGCCGCAGGAAUGAUCGCAACCCCAUCUUCUGAUUCCCCUCCCUACCUCUCGACCUCCC